GAGAACAUAAUGGAAGUUAUCAGAAAUCAAGAGUUUUUACUCCUUCCAGCUGAAGAGCUCCAUAAACUAUUGGCCAGUGAUGAUGUAAAUGUUCCUGAUGAAGAAACCAUCUUCCAUGCAUUGAUGAUGUGGGUCAAGUAUGACAUGCAGAGGAGGUGCAAUGACCUGAGUAUGCUUCUUGCUUUUAUAAGAUUGCCACUGCUUCCACCACAGAUAUUGGCUGACCUAGAAAAUCAUGCAUUAUUUAAGAAUGAUCUGGAAUGUCAAAAGCUGAUUCUGGAAGCAAUGAAAUAUCAUCUGUUGCCAGAAAGAAGAACUUUAAUGCAAAGUCCUAGAACUAAACCAAGAAAAUCUACAGUUGGAACUCUGUAUGCUGUAGGAGGAAUGGAUAACAACAAAGGAGCUACAACUAUAGAGAAAUAUGACCUCAGAACAAACUUGUGGAUCCAGGCAGGGAUGAUGAACGGCAGGAGGUUGCAGUUUGGUGUGGCUGUUAUUGAUGACAAACUCUUUGUAAUUGGUGGUCGAGAUGGCUUAAAGACAUUGAACACUGUUGAAUGUUACAAUCCCAAAACCAAGACUUGGACUGUCUUACCGCCGAUGUCAACACAUAGACAUGGUCUAG